UUUUGAGGACACAAUCUCAUGUACAUAGUACAAAUAUUUUGCAAAAUCAUAUCUAUGAUUUCUUUCCCUGUUCAAAAGUGUGGCUAGAGGGCUUGAAAUGACUGAAAUGCUUUCUAGAUAUAGUAACAAUCAAAUUGUAAAUAACUUACUAUAUGAUCUAUCAUACCUGCCAAAUAAAUAUCAUGCUUAAUGACAGGACAAUAUCUUCACUUUCUUAUAACUGUCGACAGAAUUCUCUCCUAAACGUCCACAGAGCGGCUGAGAAUCCAUUCAAAUGUGUGCAGACUUGUCACAACUUCAGCUUUAAGCACAACAUGAUUUUGUCCUGUCUGUGACUAAGAGAAAGUGCUGUUCUUUAAAUUCUAUGAAAAUAUGUUGUAUUUUUUUCAUGUUGAGAGCUCUAAAUCUGACUGAGAAUAUCACAGUGAGAUGAAACCACAAUGGCUGGACUUGCUAGACUGUCACUGUCAAUUUGAUAAUAGAUUCUUUGUGUGGUUAGGCCAGAAAAUGACAAAUGCAAAUGUGGGGUCGGAAAGCUGACACUUCAAGUCCGCUCUGCUCUCAGUUGCCACUCCCCAAGCAGACACAUGGGGCUUUUUGGUAUUCACAGAGUGCCUUGUACACAAAUGUUAGUCGGAGCCAGUUCAGAACUGCUCAAAGUUCCCCAUAUGUUUAAGAGAGUUUGGACAGGUUUUAGAACGGCUGCCAUGUUAGGGGCUGUUCUAAGUUAGCUAACUUAAAACCAGUUAGCUAGCUAGCUAGUUUGUAGAUAAAUAUUAUCUAGUUCGCAAACAUUAGCUAAGUACCAACGCUGUAAACUAGCUAGCAAUCGGCCCCAUUCAGCAGGACACAGCGGUGUGCAAUGUUUGAUUUAAUGUUAACGGUGUUGUUCUGAAGGAUCACUUCACGCAGCUGCAAUUUUUUUGUGGUUUCACACAAUAUUUCACAGCCAUUUUGAUCAGGCCACACCUGCCUAAUGGGAUCAAACCAUACCUGCGUUCACGUCAUGUCAGAAACUCAGAGAUUUUCGACUUGCUUACUCGUUGUAGAAAGAUGAUACCUGAGUUUCCCAAUUGGGAAGUAUCAGAAUCAACCAAUGGGAAGCUCGAUGCAAAUCAUUUGCAUUCAUUUUAACUCAGUUUCCGACAAGACGUGAACGCAGCAUUAAUCUCAGUUAACCCAGAACUGAAGCCUUGCGUAAUUGGUCAGAUGCUCGAUAAAGGUCUGGGUCCAUAAAAGAAGAUUGAGAACGAGGAUUGAAACCAGAACUAAUAGCUCCACCCUCUCUCUUUGCAAGUCUAUAGGCCAAAUGUCCCAUCCCCUUCCGAGAUUCGGAAGAUGCUAAAACCUGAGAAAUCGUGAUUUGUCGAAAGCACAGGAACUAAUGCUGCUUGUCGUCUCAUGCAUCCCGUUGUAAUCAUGACAUAUCUACGGAAAAGACUGAAAUCGAGGGCACCUUAUUUGUUUAUGCAAGGUCUGCUUCCCCUCAUCAUGGCUUCACAAUCAUGAAUCGGCUGAGCACAGAGAAUCUAGUGGAGCCCAUCAACAAAGACCUUGAGUUUCAGCUUCAAGACCCCUUCCUGCUGUACAGAAACGCUAACUUGGGUAUAUACAGCAUCUGGUUCUACGAUAAGAAGGACUGCCAGCGCAUCGCUCAGCUCAUGGUGAAGAUCGUGAAGCAGGAAGCCAUGCAGGCCCACCGGGGCUCCCCAGAGAGGGCCAACAUCCCUGGGAGGACCAAUGGCUGCGCAGAACCUCGCCCCAUCGACAUCCUGGAGCUCCUCAGCAAGGCCAAGGAUGAAUACCACAGGAUUCAGACGGGUGAAACUGAGAUGUCCGUUACUGCUGAGCAGGGGUUGAACACCGAGACGCUGAAAACAGCCGGCGGUGCUACAGAGCGCGCUCCCAGUGCCCCACCGCCAGAAAAGAACUCCCACUCUGGCCAGAGGCAGAUCACCGUGGAGGAGCUGUUUGGCAGUUCUCUACCCAAGGAGACCGGCCUGCUGCCAGCCAUGCCUACCCAGAGUUCCACAGACCCUGCUGCCCCGAGCCCCGCCAACUUCCUCCAGGCCCAGCACUACACUCCAUCCAUACCCUUCCAGCCAUUACUGGCACCCCGCCUCACAGCAGCCCCAGUGGGCAACAACCGGCACCUGGCCUCUGGUCUGAUCCCCCUGAUGGAGGCCAGAGGUGGCCCCAGCCCAGGCUACACCCUCCACGGCAGCCCCGUGUUUCCCGGUGGACCUCCAGGGGAACUCCAGCACUCUAUGUCCCCGCUGUUGGUCGCUACACCUGGGGCUGAGGCUCGCGGUCCACCCCCUGGCCCUCCGUUGACUUACCUGGGGCAGGAUCUCCUGGGCUCGCUGAAACCCAGCCCCUCUGAUCUCCACAAGCCCGUCCUCGCACCCAACUUCCUGCCCAGCCCGCUGGCCACGCCCCAGAGCUUCAGAGAGCAAAUCCCCAAUCCUGCUGCCAUCUGCAGCAUUCCCACAGGCCCUGUGCAGCCACAGAGUAAAGAAAUGGAUGUGUUCGCUCAGUCUCAGAAACCGUCGAAAACCAUGCCUGCUGUUCCUAUAAAGGCAGGGCUUGUGAUACCGGGGGCGGGUGCUUCACUGACGGGGGCGGAGCGCUCAGUGCUGCUCUCACCGAGCGCCUUUCAGCAUUCUGUUGCCAAGACAAAGGAACUGCAGAGGCACGCUGCUCCUCCCUCCCCUCCAGCAGCAGCCACAGGGGCUGUGGAGCCCCCCCAAUCCCCCUGCAACAGGACCCAGCUGCAGGACACACUCAUCCACCUCAUCAAGAAUGACCCAGCGUUUCUCAGUGCCAUCCAUGAGACUUACCUCCAGAUUCUCUCCAAGGACCUGAGCAACGUCAAGCUAUAGCUUUAGUCCAGACAUGGGGCUGGGCCUGGACAUGUCAGGACAGGGGCAUAGCCACCAGCCAACCUAAGCUACAGGUACUGAACCACUGGGUGGGACCUGGGACUGCUUCUGCUGCCACCGGCUAUGUAUACAAAACACAGACACUGGCUCUGUUCCUCUGGAGCAGCUAUGGGGACUGCAGGAGGACUCGAACCCAGGAGGCUCACUCAUAUGGCUCUGCUACCCUAUGUAGAGAAGGUAAAAGGGAGAUGUUACGCUUGACAGUAGUGUCAAAUCAUGUACGCACUCUAGAAAGAAAUAUUGUUCCUCUCUUCUGUGGAUGAGAACUAGACCAAAACCCCUAAGGAGGGUAAACCCUCAUCUCUGUUUGGGUCAGGGGUUAGGACUUGCUGUGCAAGCCAAGCUUUAUUCAACUCCACAUCCUUGUUCUGCCCUCGGGAAUAGCUGUGAUUCUCCACACACAUGCGCUUUGUUCUCUCUCCUCUUUUUCAAUCUCUGUUCUUUCUUUUUUUUCUAUGUCCUUUGCUCUCACCCCAUUCACCACCAAGACUCUGUCACUAUGCCUGUAAAGGGACGUGUGCAAUAGAAUGCAAUGCCUUCUGGGAGAAUACUGUUUACUGAUUCUUAAGUGUCCCCCCCCAAGGGUCUAAACAGAGAAUUGUUGUAUUAAUUUAGGCCCUAUUCUGUGGGUUUUGCAGUAAGGUCUACUGCAGCACUGAACCUGAGCUAACUGCAUUCAACAGGAUCGUCUUGUUUAACACAUGUUGUCACUCUGCAGCCAACAGCUCAAAGGGACUAGCAUGUCAUAACAGGUUGUGUCAGUGUGUAUUUGUAUUUGAUUUUGUAGGACAGGUAGUUUUUUUUAAUGUGUUUGAUAAUGCCACCCCUGUACACACAUCUGACCUUGUGCCAUACUGCCAAUCUAUGUUCACGUUAUUUUGAUCACACGCAGCAUGUAUUUCUGUUUGGCUGCAAUCAAUCACACAUUUUGAUUCCGAUUGACGGAAGGAAUGAAUGCCGGCGUUGCGCUAUAGACAUGGGAAGCAAUUGAGAACAUCCUCUAAACGAAUAACUGAUCAGCACAUUAUGUUGUCUAAGGAAUAUUUGUUUUUGACCUCGGGAUUUAUUUCUGCCAGUAAGUAUAUGUGAGUUUCUUCGGGAGGUAAGAAGAGAACCUCUGACUUGAUUGCACUUUGUUUUCACGUCAAACGAAAAUGUCAGUAAAAAGCAUUUCAUGAGCAGUUUGUGACUCCUUUGGUUCCUCAAUACGUUUAAAAAAAUAUAUAUAUCAUAGUACUUAAUACAUGUUGAUUGGUGUGUUUUCAGAGUGUACGUAUUAUUUAGUCACAGGCUCUAUACUGGUGGAGAAAAGAGGUAAGGCCCAGAGAUAAAAAACAAAAACAUUUUAAAACCAGUAUGAUUUUUAAGAUUGGUCAGUGCCAGUGUAAUGAUGAGUAGACAUGUUAUUUGGUGUCUUUUAAGAACCGCAUCUGUUUUUAAUUUGUUUUAUUCUGUCACUGUGUACUUCUGUUUUACUAUUUUGUGAUAUUAAAGUGAAGUUUUCUCUCAA